GACUGAAAAAAGCUUCCAUUUAUAGGCGUUGGAGGCUAUUUUAACUCAUCACAUAGGCCUUCCAAACAGAGCCUUCCUCGUUUUGAAAAACUCUCUGGGGAAUCUGUUGAGGGAGGAGCAAAAGAAGAGGCUGCAAUUUUAGUUGUUUAACUUCUUUCUCUCUCUGCGAUAACAUGGCGUUGGGGGUCCUGGUAUGUAGAGUACUGUUCAUGCCAAUGAGCCGCUCACCCACAAAUAAUGUUUGUCACACCAACUUUUCUGAAAAAGGUCGACCAUUGCCCAAGUUUGGUGAAUGGGAUGUCAAUGACCCGGCAUCAGCUGAGGGAUUCACAGUAAUUUUCAACAAGGCUAGGAAUGAGAAAAAGGCAGGAGGCAAGCCUGACUCACCAACGAAGGAGGAAUCUGCAUUUAAGCAUGGAGCAGCUCUUGGAAAACCUCAGUCUAAAAAAUGGUUUUGCUGCAUGCAGUCUGCCUAUGCAGAAUCUUGAGUCUUCUUGAGCCAGUGAGGGCUUUAACAGAAAAGCAUUAUUCAUCUCUCCCCACCCCACCCUAUAUUCCAGUAGACUGGAGCUGUAGUCAAGCUGUGAUGGGUCAUGCUGGAAUAUGUUUUGAUGCGAUUUAAACUCAAUGCCAUUGAGAGCUUAGUUGAGACAAUUAUUAUGUUAAAAUGAUAGCGUUUUGUUUUCUUGCUUGAUUUUGAGAAUCAUCAUUUGGCUAGUUCAUUCUUUUAUUAUAUAAGCUGCAAGUUAUGUUAAAAUGAUUGUGUUGUGUUAAAAUCAUUUGGCUGCUUCAUUC